CGCGCGCUCCUGUCGCUUGCCCGGGGAUUCCCGAGGGCCGGACGCAUACAUACAGGCGCUCCUGGUCCAGCGGCUGCAGAAGCCGUGGUUCUCUCGCCGAGGAAGGAGCUCGUUCGCGCAGCAGAGGAGCGCUCGCCAGAUCCUCCCGGGACAAGAGUAGGAAGGUGGGUUGCAGCUCAGCUCCUAUCAGAGAGACCUCAGGGGACUGGCUCGCUUAGUUAAGGGUGCACAGGACCGCCGCUCCAGGUUUGCAGUCCUACGGCUGCACACUAGCUUGGGAAGCCCAGAGGCAGGACUUCUGCACCGACCGUGCUUCCCCGCCCUCCGCACGAGAUCGGUCGGCUGCACGGGGAAAACUUUCUCGUCUUCUAUCGGGGAGCGGGGGCGCCGCGUGGGGAUCGAGGAAGCGGGCGGAUGGGGCGCCUCUAGUACCGCUGAGAUCGCUGCAAGCCGCUUUCUCAGACAAGCGUGUCCUUAGUUUCCUGGAGCUCAAAGGCUGCAGGCAGCAGCCGGGCUAAGUUUAGCAGAGCAAGCGGGGAGUUUAAUAAGUAACUUUUUUUUUUUUUAACCAUCCUGUGUGAAUGAUCCUGCAAAAGUCAAGUGCUGCUGUUUUCAUUCAGAGCCAGUAGUUUAGCUGCCUUUGCAGGCUGAUGGGGGAAACGCGGGGUGGGGGUAACAGCGGGGCGCCCGCUAGGCUUCUACCUGCAAAACCAGCAACGCAUCUGGAGGCGCCUUGAGGUCAGCCAGAUCUCAUGGUGAAACAAGGCAAUCAACGGAAGGCAGGAGAGAAAAUCCGGGUGCAGAGCGCGCACGGAAUCUAGUCCAGUGCCCGCAAGAUCCAGGCCACGUGGGCGUGGCUCCUUCCUGAAUAGGAUGAUUCUUGCUGUAGUGAAAUGUUGUUUUUAAUUGCAUCAAUAAUCGUUUCUUUAGCUAGGGUGCAAAAAGUUAAUAGGCCAGCUUUUUUUUUUUUAUGUAGUGUUUCCCGGAGGAAAUUUGCUAGCAACAUGAGGGAUAGUACUGGGUGGUGUUAGUUAUUUUGUUGUUAUACCAGGAAGUAAAGUUUGUAAAAAAGAGAGAGAGAGAGAGAGAGAAGGCAGGGGAGAGAACACAACAGUAUUUAGCUGCUUUGACACCCUCCCUCAAUGUGAAGAGGAAUCGGAGGAAAAGAAAACCCGAGCCUUAGAAGGAAUUUUGGGACAGGCUACAGGUCUUCAGGACUAGGAAGCAACAGGUUCAGAAAAUUUUCUCUGUCUCUGAAGAAAAUCUGCUGAACUUAAUUUUUCUGAUUUUAACAAAAAAAAGUUUGAAAUUCUCCUCUAAAUAUUAAUUAUCGAGUUUGGAGCAAAGGAAGGGCAACAUCAUAUCCCAAACUUUAAAAAAAGAAACACACUGCUCAUUCCUAGGCAUGUUUGCUGGUAAACUCAGGGGAGUUCCUUAUACAAGAAAGCUUAUGUAAGAUUUACAGCCCAAAUGUGUUCCGGUAAUUAUAAAACAACAACAAAUGAAUGGCAAAAUGAACCCAAUGCAGUGAGGAUACAUUUUUUGCUUCCUUCAUAUAUAUAUAUAUAUAUAUAUAUAUAUAUAUAUAUAUGCAGAAGUGUCCUUACUUCACUUGGUGGAAUACAGGAGCCAUGGAGGUUAGUGUAACACAUGUAUUAUACUUGGCAGCGAGCAAUCAGGAAGGCAGCCAGAACAAAAUUCCUCUGCAUAAGAACGAUAUCCGCUUGUAGGAUAUGUGGAAUUGGCACUUAGCUCUGUGGAGCACAGGGCAGCUCUUCUUGGGCCUUUUGUCUUAAUUUUGAAGGACUGUAAUCGCUAUGUUGAAAACAGAUGCUUGUUCCUCUUAAACUAUCUGUUGGGGCAGCAGGCCAUCUCUAGGGAGCAGGAGACAUUCUGGGACUCUUUAUAGACCUUUCCGUUGAAGGACGGAAACAGUGAAAUCUGGAACUUCCUUAGAAACUCUACAUUGUUACAAGGUCUGUUGGUCCCUCUGGCCCCAAUCCAGAGGAGUACAUGUAGGAAAUUGGCAAGGCUUGUGUUGACUGGUGCCAAGUGGCAACUCUCCCCAAUGUAUCUCCUGCUGCCUUAUAAACAUUCCCCUGAGUUUAUAAUAUGUGAAACAGCCUUUCCUUCUCCUUAAUAGCUGUGGUUAAGUCCCAUCAAUGGAACUGAAGCAGUUAAUUGUGCUCAUUCCCUCUUCCUGAAUCUUUAAUCUGAAUGUAAGCUCCAUUGAAUUGAAUGGGAUUUGCUUCCAAAUCUGUUUGUGUGCAAAAUGCUUUACAGUUCUUCAUCCUUUCCCCACAGUACGUCUACAGGGAAGGUUGCUGCAGCUUAUUUUACUUUAUUAUGGUGGAACGCCCAUUAUAUGCAGUGCCUUAGCCCUUUGGUUGUUUCCAAAUAUGUCUUGCCCUUUCUAGGACUACUGUGUCAGGAUUAUGUUAAGGUAACUGGUGGCUGUCGCCUCUGGAGGUGGUUUCUGCUGAUUUUCUUAAAUGGCUUUUAACCAAAAGACAACAGUGACUCAUACAAUCAUGCAGUCUACACAAUAUGGACACAGUUUGGUUAAAGUAACUCACACUGCCAAUUUUCACAACUGUGGAAUGGACAGGGCAGUUCACAAACUAGAGAGUGUACAGCGUGCUGUCAGAUGCACCAGUGGCGAUGAACAGAGGACAGUGUUUUAAAAUUCUAUUGCAAGGGAUACUAGAUCCCCCUAGGAAACCUACCGUGGGAUUCUUCAAAGAAAAGAUCAGUAAUGGCGGAGAAGCCUCCAUGUGAUUCAGUUUACCCACAACUACCAGUCUUCCUUUGCUCUUUGUAAAGUUCUUCUGUAGUCACAGCGGCAUUUACGCAGAGCAGCAAUGAGGCCCAAGAGGCCUGAUCCGUGUAUUUCAUGACUGAACUGCAUGUGUAUGUACAAGAACAUACUCCACAAUUCUCUGCUGCGCAUUGAAGUCUUGUGGCGAAAACAUGAUGUGGAAAAGCAUUCUCUGAAGUUAGAAAGCUUGAAAACUGUUGGAAGGGUAUGGUGGUUAAAGCCAUUUUCCACUGUUUGUCCACAGCAUCUAGGAAUUGGAGGCAUGUUGCCUGCGACUACAAAGGUUGCAUUCCUAGCUUUUGUAGCUUAUUAAUAUCAACAGAGCCAACCUUCACAAUUUGUCUAGUCUUUGCACGCACACACGCACAAAGCCAUCUGCGGCAUUGGCGGUGACAUGUGAAAGUUGGUUGUGUAGAUAGUGAAGAAGUACAAGUUUCAAUGGUUCCAGUGUUUCAAGAGGCAGGGAAAGAAUGAGGGGGAAAUUUCUUUCUGUACAUGGAUUGGGUUAGUCUUCUCCAUGUACUCCACCUUCCUCAGUCAGCUUUUUCUGCACAAAAAGGCUUCAGGUUCUUCAGAAUUUCUUCUUUGCCCAAUGUAUGUAGAAUCUGUCGAUGGGAUGUGCUAAUGAGCAUAUCCAGUCCUUUCAGUUAACAGUGCCAUGGAUAAAUUUUCCGUCCUUCAGAGCACAAAAGGAUUUUCUUACAGUAACAAAUGUUUGCUCAAAAUAGAGUAAUGAUUCCUUGAGCGUGCAAUGAUUACUUGGUUUGAAAGGACCAAGAAACAGCAAGCAAUAUGGUCGUCUUAAGUCACAUUACACAUUAGCUGCCAGCAUUCAGUUUUAACUGCAGAAACAUAAUAAUCUCUUGCUAAUUUGUCUGAAGCAUUUCACAGUUAACAAAACCAAUUUGCCUGCCCAGUUGAACAGGGAAACAAUUCUUGGAAGGCUACAGUGGCUACAGUUCCGCAAUGAAUAUUUGAGGUGGUUGUGACCACAGGAUAGAACGCCCAUAUGAUUGUAAGAAGUUGUGUUGAAUAAAAGCGUACUUAAUUUAUUAGGGCCGUGGUUCCAAGGAACCUGGGUCUUAUCCAGGGUCCCACAGUACGAAGAGCAGCAAUGGCAGAUUGUGCACUGCUUCCAAUCUUCCUUACGGAGAUGGAGGCCACCCUUUCAGUUCUAGCCGGGAAAUGAUAACCCCGGCAACAGGUCUGACUGGUGCCUUCUGUGAACCAAGUGUGCAGCCUAGACAUGUCCUAACAUCCUUGGGGAUCUGCUGCAGACAGCGGCUUGGGAAUUCUAUAGCAGAGAUGUUGAUAGGAGAGAAGUUUGAAAACCAUUCCUUCAGAGUCGCCAGACGCCAGCAGAUAAUAUGCAGCACGUUAUGACCUUCACUUAAUUCGACACAGGCAGCAAAGUGGGUGGUAUUCAACAGAGUUUUACUCAGAGUGGAGCCAUUGCAGAUAACAAGCGAGCUCCGUUAAUUCCAGCGGUUGCCAAGCAUUUAACAACAGCAUUAUGGACAAAUCCAACCCUGAAGUGAAAGCUUUACUGCCCCUGAGAUGGCAACACUACCUGAAGGCAGCCUCUCUACCUAUUUCUAAAUUACUCUGGCAUGUCCUUAGAUACCACCUUCGGUCAAUAUGCAACUGGCAUUCUGCAUUCUGCAUGGGUUCAGCUAGCAAAGUCAAGAUGAGCAUUUUAGUUAGUAUCUUACAAGAUGGGGGUUGGGGGUUGGAGGAAUGAUUCUGGAACACUGGGGAACUGAAAACCCAUGUGGUUUUAAUGACAGGGGUGUUGGGUUUAGAAAGAGAAAAUUCAGGUUGAAAUCCCUCCUCUCAGCCAUGCAGAUGUCUGGGUUGCCUUUGACCAGUCACUGAACCUAUUCAUUAAGGGGAAUAAAAUAAUAUAACCCCUAGUUCCUAUGCUAUAACUAAGAAUACAUUUAAAGCAUUAUUAUUCCUGAUUCCACUCUGCUGUUAGCCCUGUGUUUUAAAUUGUAAACUCCUAGGGGCAGGGGGUCUAUCUUCUUCUUCUUCUUCUUCUUCUUCUUUAACCGUAGUUACAUCCAUACAUCAAAGACAUUUUAUAGUCUGUAGAUCAAACUCAUCAAAAUAAAAAUUCCAACAAAGUAGUAUAUAUCUUCAUAAAUUUAACUUCCCGUCCUUCUCCAUAUCUUUUCACUCUAAUAAACCUAUUACCUAAACUUAUCAGCAAAAAUAUGAUAAAAUAUUAAUAUGCAAAUAUGUAUAUAUAUCUAUUUAACCCAUUUAACCUUUAUUUGCAGAGCUUAUUCAAAAGCUGCUACCGAAUUCAGAUUGCAACACUUAUUUUUAAGUACAGUGGUGCCUCGCAAGACGAAAUUAAUCCGUUCCGCGAGAGUCUUCGUCUAGCGGUUUUUUCGUCUUGCGAAGCAAGCCCAUUGACGGAUUAGCGCUAUUAGCGCUAUUAGCGGUUUAGCGGCUAUUAAAGGCUUAAAGGCUUAGGGGAUUAGCUGCUAAAAGGCUAUUAAAGGCUAUUAAAGGCUUAGCAGAUUAGAUAAAGGGGGAAAAGCGAAAAAAAUCUCAAGACUCGCAAGAUAUUUUCGUCUUGCGAAGCAAGCCCAUAGGGGAAUUCGUCCUGCGAAGCAACUUCAAAACGGAAAACCCUUUCGUCUAGCGGUUUUUCCGUCUUGCGAGGCAUUCGUCUUGCGGGGCACCACUGUACUGUAACUCUUUAGAGGUUCCCAGGGGCAGGAGUCUAUCAUGUCUUCUUGUAUUCUAUAAAAGACAGAUUAUGAUCUGUAUAAAACACAGAUCUCUUAGGAGGAAAAAAUGGGGAUAAAUACAUCAUGAGUUUGUUUUGAAUUCUGUGAAAACAUCCAUUCCGGUAAAAUUCUAUGAAUUUCAGAAUUUUGAGGAGUCUUCUUCUUCUGCUUAUUCUAAGCUCAAAUUAUUUUUCCUUCAGAUCCAAUAUGCCACAAACAAGAAUGCGCAUGAGGCCUUGGAUGGAAUUGCAGAUUAAUUCCAAUAAAAUUCCUGGACUCCAAUGGAUCAAUAAGGUACGGGUUUCUUUUUCAUUUUUCCUCUGACUUUAAAAAUAUUAGCCUUCUGUAUUUUUUUGCUUUUAAGUCCAGAAGCAAAUUUCAGAAAAAUAAAGAGAUCUCAGCAGCUGAUUGUCUUUGACAGUAGGUAAAUGUUGCUGAGAAUUCCAUAUCUAGGAAAAUGAAAUUAUCCAAUUCUCAAGUGACACAAGUUAUCAUCCUAAGAGUUCUAUCCCACUAAGUCAUACUUAGAGUAGACCCAAAGCUAAUGUAAGUCCAUAGACAUCUAUAGCUCUACAGUGAGUCUAAGUCAGAUACAACCCUAACAGUUUAACGGUAUCAAGGCUAAAAAGUUGGGAGGAACAUGGCAUGCAGACCUAAUUAAAAGUGAUACUGUAUAAACAUCACCUCAGUGAAUGAGUUGCUGUGUAGCUGAGAUUUAAUGCUGAUUCUUACUUUCAUACUCAUUAAUAAAAGAAAAUAAAUGCUAAACCCUCUUGAGAUGUGUAAGAUCACCAAGCUGAUAGGGUUCUCUGUGGUUAGCAUCCCCAGAAUACUGUAUGGAACAAAAUCAUACAUCAGAGUCUGUUGUACAGGUUGCUGUUACAUCAUAUUGUAGAGAAACUGCACAGGCAGGCAGAGAAAUACCAAUCAAAUUGCAAUACUUUCAGUUCCUUUGACUUCUUGGGUUGUUCUUGAUACUGUUUUCCAUAUGUAAUUCAGGCACACCCACUAAAAUCUGUACUGUUGAAUUGCAGGAUGAAAAGUUGUUCCAGAUCCCAUGGAAACACGCGGCCAAGCAUGGCUGGGAGCUGGAAAAGGACGCCUGCCUUUUCAGAAACUGGGCCAUUCAUACUGGUAUGGGCCAUUGUCAGGGCAAUUUGUUUUCUACAGUGUCCUUCGCAUAGGCACAAGUGAGGCCAGUACCAUUACAUUUCUGGGGAGAGUGUAUUUACAUCAGCAAAAGAGGUAACUACUUUAAGCCCCGCCUCUUUCCCCCCCGGGUCACAUGAAUGCUUGCAGCCCCUUGGUAGGCUAGAAGCCUCCUAAAAGAGGGACAAGCGCCAGACACAUUAGCCAAGUGUGGCUGACAUUGUUGUUUGGUUUGUUUCUUUUUAGGCUGUAGUUAUGAUUAUCGUUACCAACUGCAUUCAUGUAUAUUUCACUGUUGCAAAUGGCCUUGAGGCUUUUUUUGGUAGAAAGCGGCAAAUAAUAUUAUUAUUAAAGUUUUAUCAGCUGCCCGAUAAACAAGAGCUCAUCGGGCAAAGGACAAUGUAAAAACAAAGUAAAAAUCACAGUUGUAAAGAUAUGGGCAGACUCUCCAGCUAGCCACAAACAAAAAGAAGUAUGUACAAUAACGUUUGCUUGUGUUCGAGUUACUUUGAGUCACACAGGCUGAAAUGUGUCCGUAUUUACUUAUUUUUUAGAUGAGUCAGUUAUUGAGCACCUGCAUAUGAUGGUUGAGUUUUUAGGCUGUGAGUGCCUGGAUUGGGACCUUAGUGGCUAUAUCUGGAUUAGGUUACUUGUUGCUCAAUGCAGAUUUAUGUUGUCAUUAUAUAGGGAGGUACAAACCAGGUGAUAAAGAACCUGACCCUAAAACCUGGAAGGCAAAUUUCCGUUGCGCCAUGAAUUCAUUGCCUGAUAUUGAAGAGGUGAAGGACAAAAGCAUCAGCAAAGGUUCCAGUGCUGUCCGGGUCUACAGGAUGUUGGAACCCUCAGCAAAGUCACCAAAGAAAGGUAUGUUUGCAAGUCAUUGAGAGGGACCAUUUCCAAAACGGAAUACAUAUUCACUGAGAAUAAGGCUAUGUCUUGUCUUUAGUAUCACAGACUGCUUGGCUCUGAAUACCCACCAUGGGAAAGGGCUUGUGGGUUUCCCCACAGGUAUCUGAUUGACCACUGUAGACAAAAGAUGCUGAACUAGAAGAGAAUUUGAUCUGAUUUAUCAAGGCACUUCUUAUGUUCUUAAAGUUGGUUUUCUGAAUGCCAUAAAAACUCACUCUUGGCAAAAGAAGGGAACUCAGUACAGAAGGUGUUUACCAGGCAAAGUCUUGUGGCCUCCAUGACAAGGUCAUCACAUGUUUGCUUUUAUGGUCUGUGAAAUUCUACAAAAAAUAAUGGGGAAUCUUUGUAGGGAUAGAGCCUACAAAGCAUACAUGAGAAUACCACAAAUGAUUCAAGUAUUUUAAGUUACUUUGUACCAUAAAAUUGGUGACACCUGAAUUUGUUGGUACUGUCCAUGUUCUCUACAGCUUCUCUUUCUUUUUCAUAAAUGCAUUUCAUUGUAUUAAAUCUGUACACUUUUGUUUUUCGUUGGCAGAGAAGAAAUCAAAGUCACUGAAAAUCAAGAAUGCAAGAAAGGUAUGUAUUUACCCUUUAUCGUCAAGCAAGUGAAACAUUCACAUGGAACUCAAAGCCUGUGGAUAACUUGAUCCUAACCUAGAAUGGGACAGAGUUCAUAUUUAGGGAACUUCCAACCAAAACUAGUCUCAGAAGAGAAGCACUGACAGGUUGCUUGUGCCAAUGUCUUCUGCAUGUGUAGUGAAGUUGGGAAAUCUUGGUAUGUUAAAUGCUGGUUCACGCAGGUGUGAGGCAUUGUGGGAGAGGCAUUGUGGCCAUCCGGGGAGUGAGUGUUUGGUCUCUUUAAAUGUAAAACUCCCUGUCUCUAGAAGUGUGAGUCAAUUACAUCUUGACUCUAUGCAGGAUGAGAUGUUAUCUGAUUUACAGACUCUGGCACAGCUGGGGGCCUGAGUGUGGAUUGGAUUGUAAAAAGGCACAGGAGGCUUUCAAGUAAUUUCCAAUUUAGGAGCCUGGUAGGUGUAAGAGAAGCCUGGGAAUGGAGGAAGACCCUUUUGACCUAGAAGCUUCCACAAAAUGAGAUGGAUAAUUCCAUGAAACCAGCCAAAACUAGUCUCAGAAGCGAAGCACUGGCAGGUUGCUUGUGCCAAAGUCUUCUGCAUGGAAGACCCAUUUUAAAGGGAUGCUUAUGGCUAAAAUUAGAUUUUUAAAAAUUCAUGGGUCAUCUGUACUUGAGAUAUGGAUACCCCAGAUUGGUUUAAAUGAUGCUUUCAACACACACCUUGAUAAAAGAGGUCUUUGUUUUCUGCAGUCAGUGGACGAUAUCAAGACAGAAGAGACAGUCAGUGCAACAAACAGCAUUCAGCUGCCGGACGACCACAGUAGCUAUGUGCUUCCCAACUACCAACCAGAGAAAAUGGAAGUGGGGAGCACAUUAGGAGGUGAGCUACAACUUGAGUCAUCUGUUUCUGUGGUUUGCACAUGGUGUUCCUAUUACCCCAAAUGAAACAAGAUAAAGCCUUAAAACACACACCCCAUACUCCCAAAUGGUUGCUAUUUGCCAGAGAAGAUGGGUCAUGGGUGGUCAAGUUGCCUGCUCUUUAUUUAUUUAGACUGCCUAUAUCCUGCUUUUAAUAUCCCCAAGAGAAGUUCUCAUUGUGACUUAUCAAAGUGUCCCAAAAGAAAAGGGCAUGGAUAAAGCAGGAUUAUUUAUUUAUAUCCCCCCCCCCCCCCGGUUUGCUUGGAAUGAAACUGUUUUCAACUAUUUGGCACAAUCUUAGGAAAGAACCUCCUUCAUAACGAUUCUGACAUAGUUUUUAUGAUUUUUUUCAGAUCUCUCCUCAUGUAACUUAAACCCUACUGACUGGGGGUGUUCGCUGGAGCAUCAGUUGCCGGACAGCACAAACGACUUGUAUACAUUUCAAGUGUCGCCCAUCACAUCCUCCUCUGAUGGUUGGUGUUUCAUUUGUUCAUAACUGUUGGGCAGCUGAUUGAUCAGAAUUGUGCUAAGAGAAAGAACCCAAAAUAACAGGAUGGCAGGAUUUAUGUAACCUGGAAAGGGAAUGAUUCUUGGGCUAGCUACAAUAGUGUAAAUCCUACAGAAGUCAGUAAAGUUGCUUGUGUAAAUAAAUGGCCAGUUUUAUAUUGUUUGGGUCAUGUGACUAGAAGUUAUGGUUGGCGGUAAAAGAUAGGAAAACACUUGUAAUAAAAAAUGAGUCUGCAAAAACUAUUGAGUUUCAUUGAGUGCCUUUUUCCCCUCCCUCUUCUUCCUACAAUGACUUCAAAUAACAAUGCAGGAACCGAUGAGGAUGAAGAUAAAUUUGCAUCGGGUAACUUGUAUCAGGUAAGACGAUCUUUCCUUUUCUGAAAGGCGCGCACUGGAGGAAGGUAUUUUGCAGUCAGCACCCCUUUCCUGCUGAAGCCCCCAGAGGAGGGGCUGCUUGUCAGAGUAGCUGAGUUGACAUAAGGCACCUUCAGAGGGUCAUAUGAAGGCCCUGAGGUGAAGAGCCAUAGCUUUGCAUGCAGAAGGUCUCAGGCUUAAUCCCUAGCAUCUCCAGGUAAGGCUGGAAGAGGGCCCUGCUUGAAAUCCCAGACAGCUGUGUUCAGUCAGGGCAAACAAUUUGGAACUAGAUGGAUCAAUGGUGUGACCCAAUAUAAGGCAGCUUCCUAUGCUUCUAAGGGCUUUACUCUUGCUUGGGCUAAACCAUUACUAAGCUCUGACCACAGAAAUCUGAGCUUGGACCUACUCCUUGAGCCCUGAGCCAAGCAUGCUUGUGGGGAGUUCAGCUGCCAUAGGUGAGCAUCCCAUUGCUGCUCCUGCAGGCCAGGGAGCUGAAAGUCCUUUGUGGGAUGAGAGAGAGGCUGUGUGAGCAGCAACAUUCCCAUAUCCCAAGAGAGGCUCUGCAGCUGCUUCUCUGUUAGGGAGAAUGAGCUGGCAUUACAGAUGAGUAAAAAGAGAGCAUGCUUCCUGGGGUUUUUGUAAUGUUACGUGUUUGAACUUGGCACAAGCAGUCAGUGCAUCAUUUUGUUCAUUGAAUUAGAGAUGCAGAAUAAGAAAUGUGUUUGCUUCCAUUGCCCUUUUCCAUUUGGCCUGACCAAAUGAAGGUCACAAACAUUCACGCCAACAUAAAUUUGCUGAAUUACUAGUUACUGUAUAACGUAAUAGAUCUGAAAAAUGGACGACAGUGGCUGUUGAACUUAACUGAAUACCGAUAUGGACAGAUGAUUUAAAGUAUUCCCCCCAUUUGUCUCCUAGGAGCUACUAUCAUCCACCUGGCAGCCAACCAGUGUUGGUGGGAAAGGUUUCCUGAUCAAUGAGACUGGCAUGCAAAGUUUAUUCUUUGACUUCAGCUUUCAGGAACAAGAUGCUGCCAUUGAUACAACAAAUGCAGGUAUAAAUGCUUUCCGUUUUACAUUCAGAAUACAGCCAAAGGCAGGAAAAAUAAUCUAGUUAACAGCUCAACUCACCAAGUGUACACCCAGUGAAUGCCCUUAUGCCUCAACAGUGAGGAUGCUAGGUCCAAACUGUGACAUUGAUUCAUUUCUUUCCUAUCUUGUCCUAAGGACAGGUGGCACAUACAGCCAUGUAUGCUGUUUUAUCCAUAUGUUAGGCAUGGAUGUCCUGCCAACCUAGCAGUUCGAAAGCAUGUCAAAGUGCAAGUAGAUAAAUAGGUACCGCUCCAGCGGGAAGGUAAACGACGUUUCCGUGCGCUGCUCUGGUUCGCCAGAAGUGGCUUAGUCAUGCUGGCCACAUGACCCGGAAGUUGUCUGCGGACAAACGCCGGCUCCCUCGGCCCAUAGAGCGAGAUGAGCGCCGCAACCCCAGAGUUGGACACGACUGGACCUAAUGGUCAGGGGUCCCUUUACCUUUAGGCAUGGAUGGCGGCGCAGAAUUGUGAAGCUGCCAUCCAGACGCUGGGGCAUCACUGCUGCAUACUAGACAGGGCUGAGGCAAGGUGGCAGCAGGGUCAGACCACGUAGUUUCAGCAGCGGGACCACGGCUGCCAAGUCAGUGGAACCUCUGGCACAGCUGCGCAGCCCUGACUAGGUUGCUGGCUGCCCUGCCCCAACCCCGUUCAAGGAAGCGCAGCCAUGGUGCCGGUGUUGGGAGGGUGCAACUCCACCCCACCACAGGCACCUCUAUGACUUUAAUCCUCCAAACAACGUUCAGGAAAGAGAGUGAUUAGUCAACAGUUUUGAGGCUAAGCAGUAAGUUCAGUCCACACGCACAGGUCUCUAGACAUUAAUGGCACUAUGCUCGGUCUGUGCUUUCUGAGCAUUUGUGCAUGCAAGUCAUCCAGUCUCCCAAUGAUGAAUAUGCGUGUGUGAACCCACUUCUUGCAUUUGCAGCCACCAGACUGUGCACUGUACACAAAAUGCAUCUUACGCAAAAUAGCCCAAAUACAGUACAGAAGCCUUCAAUCCACAGGCUGUUCUCUUCUCUCAAGGGCUAUCUGGGGCAGCCUUUGUACACUCAAGAUAAUGAUGUCUUGGUGCUGUUAAGUGAUGCUCAGGGCAAUGAAAGAAUGUGGGAUACCACACCAUUGAUUCUGGAGGUUCCUAAUUGGAACCUCUAAUUUUCAAAACCACCAGAGCUCUGCAAAAAUCUGCUUUUUCAGAGUACAUAUGGGUCAUAUAAAUUGCCCAUCCUCACAUUAUCAUAUCAUGUUCUGGACCUAAGAUGCAUAAGCACAUUCAACUGAGCUAUUCUGUUGAUUUAUUUUAAUGAUGGCUUUGCCUAAAAUCAUGCUUCAGUCCUAUACUGCAGUUCUUGUAGUAAAUCUCUUGAACUAGCAUAGAGAGCUUGCGCUGCACUAGCUUCCUUGAUAGGACCUCUGGGUUUAUUAGUGAGCAGUGAUUAAUUAUAGACCUAUGUUAGGUUUGUGAGGGUGGGGUGGUGGAGAUUAUAGCUCUUGGCAUAAAAUUAAUAAAAUAAUAAUAAUAAAGCUUUACACUCACCCUAUCACCAAUUAAAUUGUGUACAAUUUUUCCUUGUUUCUGCAGAAAUUACAUUGGACAUGAAAACCAGCUUGGAUUUCACAUUGGAGUCCAUUAGACCAAGUUUGCCCACCAUACCUUGUAGCAUGUAAAGCUGUUUUUUGUUUUUGUUUUUUAACCACUAAGGCUGCGCAGUUUUAUUUCUUUUGUCAUCUGUGAAACUGAACCUAACAGGAAGCGUUGCUAAUACUCUUUUCAAUGUUUAGACCCAAAAGUCAUAUUCAAGAGUACAGCAUCUGCGGAUGAGCAAAAAUAUCUUUGUGGUAGAACUGCGUCCCACUCCGUUGCUUGACUGUAUCAUGAGCCAAUUAAGUCAUUAUUGCUGCUUUCCCACCUUAAUUUGUUCCUACGUUUAAUAUGAUCAGGGCUCAAAGUAUUUUAACAUGCAAUAUACAUGAAAAGGUGCUUUGCACCUUUAACAAAAUGGCAGAUAUUUUAAUCGCACCCAUAGCUUAUACUUGUCAUCACUGCACACAUCUGGAAGACUGGUGAGGCAAUUACUGACCGAAGAGGUUUAGUACAAGUUUGUGCUUUUGCAUUCAACCAAACAUUUCCAUGGGUAUGUCCCUUUUUGUGAUCUGAAGUCUCGGAUCUGGGCCGCAGUUUUGUAAAUAUGUUUCACUCAAUAAUAUGUGAAAAUCAGAUACACAUGUAGUUCUGUGUACUAGGCAUUUCUGACAUUUUAGUGGUUUCCUGACAACAUAUUUCAGUUUAUUGUCAUCAGUUUUUCAGAUGGGCACUAUGUUCCACUCUGAAAUAUCUAAUGUUCUGUUUAUUUAUAUGGUGCCAUUAUCAAGAAUCAUCUGAAUGGCUAUUGUUGAGAGUCAACAGAAGUUUCAGUAAAGUGCACACUUAUGGAGCUACAAGAUAAAGGGUUGGUCUCCACAAAUCAUCAAAUCACUAAGUUGCAGCCUUAGUAGCUUUGUCCCUGUACAUAGUUUUUGUAUAUAAAAGGUUUACAAUUAUUUUAAUUAAAAAAAAUGUAUAUUUUG